GUCUUGAAUCCGCUUCAUUUAUUUACGAAUGCCUGAGUGGCGUGUGUUUUAGAAAGGGAUAGCUAUUGAGUCAUCGAAACGAAUAUAUACAUCUUCCUUCCAGUGGAUCCUCAUUGUACAAUUGCUCUUCUCUGGACGCACGACAAUCUCUCAGCCAUGGACGCCCCGGAGUAUAUCAUUCUUCCGCACACCCCUAGCGCUCAAGACUAUCAUGAUCUCAGGAAGAUCGCCAAUCUCACUCCUCCGCCGAUGGAAGCGGUCUCCAAAGCUCUUGCCAACUCCUUCGUGUGUUUCUCAGCCUUCGAGCGCAAAGACAUGCUCGACGACACAACGCCUAGUCCUGGGCAACAUGUAAUUGCCAUGGGACGAUUACUCGGCGAUGGAGCGUUGUUCCUGCAGCUCUGCGACAUUGCCGUCCAUCCCGAUCACCAGAGGAAAGGCCUCGGAAAGCGCAUCAUGAAAGAGGUUAUCAACUAUGUAGACAAGAAUGCACCGCACGCCUACGUGAGUCUCAUCGCAGAACCAUUGGGGCAGAAGCUAUAUUCGCAAUUCGGAUUCGAAGACGUCAAGCCAAGCGCGGGAAUGUAUCGAUGCUUGCGAAUUCAGAACAACCCCGAGUUCAAGAGGAUGAGAGAGGCCAAAGGCGAGGCGAUGAUCCGUGGCACAGGACAGAGGUCGUGAGAAGGCUAUGUCGAGAUGAAGGGAGAGUGGGAGGUGGAGGCGGAGGUGGAGGUAUCGGCCAUUCACCGAGACACUAUGAUGCACGGGCCUAAUUAUCACAUCAUGUUCGAAACCACAGC